AUGUGGAAGAAUUCAAGCCUUCACUGCCUUAUAGCACUAGCUCUUUUAUGUUUGAGAAGCUUAAUAUGUAGCCAAGAGAUAGGUUCUCUGGGACACCCCCAGAAUCUGAAAUGUGUAACACACAAUUUACGUAAGAUGAUCUGUGCUUGGGAUGUCUCUUCUAAAGGAAGACACGGACAAACCUACUUUUGCUACACUCCAAAUGACUCCACUCCAGUAUGUUUUAAAACCAAGGAGAAAAGGGUCGAGAUUCCAGUCCCAGAGAGCUCCACCAAAAUUACAAUAACCAUAAACAGCAUUUCUGAGGCUUCUGUUGCUACUGGAGAGUUUGAAAUUCACAAAAAAGACAUCUCAUUUGUUCCUCCCACUCCACGUAUUCUUAGUUUAACACCUGACUUUUCAACUUCCACUUUAAAUCUGAAGUGGAAUGAUAAUGGAUCAGCCUUCCCAUAUGGACUGGAUGCCUUUUGGCAGAUUCAGAUACUUCGUAAAGAACCAAUGGAAAAGGUCACACAAGUAAAUUAUUAUUCAAAACUGACUCAUGAAGACAUCAUCCUUUCAUGGAACUGGACAUCAGAUAUGCCUUUGGAGUGUACAUCACAUUACGCAAAGAUUCGCUGUUACGUUAAUGUGACACAGCUUGUUGGCCCUACGAGUUGGAGUGACUGGAGCCCAGUAGAAGAGGUCCCUGGAAAAGAUACUGACCCCAAUGGGAGUGGGAUGUUUCCUCAGGACACCGUGGUGGCAGUAGGUUCAGAUGUGACAAUUUGUUGUGUUCACAAAGAAGGACAGCAGAUAAAACAGAUGACGUAUGGAGCAGAAGUAUACCCAGUGAUACAUCUGAGCAGUCGGAGCAGUGCAAUCAUAGUGCGAAAUGCCAGUGCUUCACAUACCAGUGGGACAAAUGUAGUGUGCAUGCUGUCCGAAUAUGAGAUGGAUGGAACUGUCUUGUUUGUAGGAUAUGCCCCUGAUAUUCCCCAAAAUCUCGUUUGUGAAACAUCAAACUUCUUGAUAAUAAAGUGCACCUGGAAACCAGGCAGACCCAGUGGACUAUAUGGAAAACGAAGAACAAAGUACAGUUUAUUUGAAAGAAUAUCUGGUAAAAAUGUUUCAUGUGAAGUCAAUGAAAUGAACAGAGAGCGUGUCUGUGGCUUUCCAGUACUGGCUGAUCAAAAAACCUAUGAUUUCAUAUUAGGCGUCUCCAAUCCUAUUGGGCAAACAGAGUCAUCACUUUUGGUUGAUUUAGUUCAAAGAGUUCAUCCAAAAACUCCAGAAAAGUUAACUGUUUAUGGAAACAGCUCUACAAGCGUCCAUCUGCGUUGGUUUAUAAACAGCAGCUUUGCUGAAAUCAGGCUUCUGUGUCAAAUUGAAAUUAGCAGUGGUCACUCUGAGCGAAAGCUGCACAAUGUCUCCAUGCCUGGUGGAAAAUUUUCAACUUACACAGCUCAGGUGAACACAUUGCACCCAUAUACCAAAUACCACUUCAGAGUACGCUGUUCAGCUGCUGACCACUUUUGGAAGUGGAGUGACUGGAGCAGGAUAGAGGAGCACACAACAAUGGAAGCCCCUCCUGCAAGAGGACCAGACAUCUGGAGAGAGAGAAGUCCUACUGGAAAAAGUCUAAAAAUCUUCUGGAAGCCCUUAUCCCUUUCUGAAGCCAAUGGAAAAAUAGUGUCUCAUAAAGUGUCCUGCUCCCUGCUAGAGACACCACUGGAAUAUGAAGAAGUCAUCGAACCCUCAAACAGUACAGAAGUAAAACUUGGAAAAAAUGACUGUGUAAUUACUGUUGUAGCCAAAAACCAUGCAGGUUUGUCUCCUCCUUCAAGGAUAACGAGCGUGGAACUUCCAAGCGACAAUGUUAAAACAGACCGGGCUGUCGCGAUGGGGAAUGGAAUUUACAUUUCUUGGAAUUCUUACCCCAACAUGACCUGUGGCUAUGUAGUAAAAUGGUGUCAUUCAUCUGUGACUGAACCCUGUAGUGUGGACUGGCAGAAAUUUCCUUCCAAUACAACAGAUGCAGUGAUAAAAUCUGCUCUCUUUAGACCUGGCGUGAGAUACAACUUCUCACUGUACGGCUGCAAAUCCAGUGGAUAUCAGUUAUUGAAAAAUAUAACUGGGUAUAUGAAAGAGCUGCCUCCAAAACGUGCACCAAAUUUUACUGUAGAAGAAACUUCUUCAGAUUCUAUAUUGGUAAAAUGGGAAGACAUUCCUAUUGAAGAUUGCCAGGGGUUUUUAGAGGGAUAUCGGCUUUCCUUUGCAAAAGGUGAAAAAGAUGCUUUGAAGCCUAGGCUUUCAGAAUCAGGAAAUCCAGAACUUAAAGUUAAGAAUAUCACUGACUUAACAAAGAAGUCUUUAAAAAUACUUGAUCUUCAAGGCAAAACAAGUUACCAGCUGGACCUACAAGCCUACACUGCUGGUGGAUUGAGCCCUCCCAACAGCCUCUAUGUGGUGACAAAGGAAGACUCUGUAGGAUUAAUAAUUGCUAUUCUCAUCCCCGUAGCAGUGGUUGUGCUGCUUGGAGUGAUGGCCAGCAUCUUCUGCUACCGAAAGAGGGAAUGGAUUAAAGAAACAUUUUAUCCAGAGAUCCCAAAUCCUGAGAACAGUAAGGCAUUGCAGUUUCAGAAGAAUAUUUGUGAGGGAAAUAAGACACUUAAAACACUGGAAAUGAACCCCUGCACUCCCAAUAGUGUUGAAGUGGUGGAAACACAGUCUGCAGCUCCCAAGAUUGAAGACACAGAGAUGAUGUCCCCAGUGCCAGACACCACUGUGCCUGAAGAUGGCUCUGACUCAGAAACAGAGAACCAUGUGGUUGUGUCCUACUGCCCCCCUAUCAUUGAAGAGGAGAUCUCAAAUCCCCCUAUGGAUGAACCUGCGGGGUCAUCUCAGGUGGUUUACAUUGACAUCCAGUCAAUGUAUCAACCUCAAAUUAAACCAGAGGGGGAGCCAGAAAUAGACUUAGUGACUACAGCAGGCUAUAAGCCUCAAAUGCAGCUGCCUAUCAGUGCUCUGAAAAUGGAGAGUCGCUCACCUGCAGGGGAAGAAUUCGAUAAAACUGCAGGUUACAGACCUCAGGCAAACACCAGUGCUUGGAACAUGGACACUCCAGACUCUCCUGGAUCAGUUGGGAGCAACAAUGAAAAUGCGUCUUUUGGGAGCCCAUGCUCAAUUAAUUCCCGACAGUUUCUGCUUCCCCCAAAAGAUGAAGAAGAGUCUCCCAAACCCAGUAACACAGGGUGGUCCUUCUCACACUUUUUCCAGAACAAACCAAAUGAUUAACAGUGAGUCCUCGUUGCAUCUGAACCUGCCUUCUUAUUAAGAAUAAUUAAGAAUAAGCUUUCAUUCCUGAUGUUGUAAAGAAAGGAGGAAGAAAAGUGCAAAAGGCAUGAAUUAGUCUUGGAGACAGUCAGCAGAGAUUCUAGUGAGCUGAAUCUUAAUGUUUGAAGUAGUGAAAGUGUUGAUGUUCCAUUUUAAUAGAGGCCAAGAGGCCAAUGUUAUAGCAAUUUAGUUAUUACUCUAGUAAA